UCUGGCUUUACACCCACCAGGACCCCCAGGUCCUUCUCUGCAGGGCUGCUCUCCAGUUCUUCACCCCAUCUGUGUACAUGGGGACAGCCCCCCUGCAAGUUCAACACCUGGCACUGAGCCUUGUUGAACAUGGUUAGGUUUUCAUGGAUCCACUUUCCAAGCCUGUCAGGUCCAUCUGGAUGGCAUCCCUUCCUUUGUUGUCCCACGUGCACCACUCAGUGCCAUCAGCGAUCCUGCUGGAGGUGCGCCUAACCGCACAGUCUGUGCAUCGCUUUGAAGACGGACCCCCCCCAAACAAACCCAACACGGCCAGGCAGCGCUUCCGGCACGCAACCGGAAGUAGACCUGAAAGAAAACCGGAAAAGGAGCCGGAAACAGAACCGAGGAAAACCGGAAGUAGGCGGGGCGGGUAGAUAUCUCCGGUAUCGCCACGAGGCGCGGUGUGUGGAGCGCGGAGAUGUUCGUUGCGGCCCGACUGCUCGCUUCACAGCGGCACUUGCCUCGGGCUGCCGGCAGCUGAGAGCGAGGCAGCUCCGAACCAAGCGAUAGCUCAGAAAGCUGACGUUGGUUUAUUGCAGCGCAGUACCUGGGGCAGUGUGAUGUGCAUGAUAAAAAUAAAUAGCUGUCUGGUCCCCGAGGAGCGCCCGCCUUUUGCCAGCACUCGGAACGCCUCAGCGUGCACGCAGGGUGUCCUUCCCACAGCCUCCUUCCCUGCGAUCAGAUGGGCAAUAAGGAGGGACCGAGGGUGCUCUUUGGUGGCCCUCAGGGCAGGCUCUGCACAGGAACGCCAUCAGCGUUCAGGCCCUUGCAGCUUGCCUGUACAAAUGGCAUCUGCAGGGAGAAAACUGUGCUUCUGAACCCAGCCUGGACAGCAGAUGAGACUCAGUGCAGUGAUUACUUGCCCAUAGGAGCCAGGGCACAGCAAAGUCCGCCCAUUGCACUUGCAUAGCUAUGGAUGCAUGAUUCAAUUAAUUUCCUUCUUUCAGGGGACUUUCAAAACACUUUAUGAGCUGGACUCACGAGAAGGCUCUCAGGAGCACCUUUUUUAUGAGGACAGGCUGAUAGACCUGGUGCUCCUCAACUGAAGGAAGGUUUCAGGGGGACCUUAUAGAAGCCUGUCCAUACUUGAAGGGGACCUGCAGGAAAGCUGGCAAGGGACUUUUAUACAGGUAUACAGUGGCAGGACAAGAUGAAAUGGUUUUAAACUGGUAUAUUUAGACUAGAUAUUAGGAAGAAAUUCUUUACUGUGAGGCUGAUGAAGCACUGGAACAGGUUGCCCAGAGUCAUCGUGGAUGCCCCCUCCCCAGAAGCAUUCAAGGCCAGGCUGGAGGGUUGUGAGCAGACUGCUUUAGUGGGAGGAGUCCCUGCCUAUAGCAGGACAGUUGGAGCUAGGUGAUCUUGAAGGUCCCUUCAAAGCCAAACCACUCUGUGAUUUUAUGAUUUUCAUCGGCCUUUGGUCAAGGCUUAAUCCUUUUCAGAACCAAUUUGUUUAAUGAAAUAUGUAUUCAAAAAUAAAAAUGGCUUUUGGCUUUGCAUGGCUAUUUUGUGGCCCUAAGCUCCUUUUUAGUUAGAAAGGAAAUGCGUGCUUCACUGGGAGGCGAAGCUCCUCAAGCAGCACAAAGCAGGCAUGGCCGUUCUUGAGUAUUAGGAAAGAUGCCAGCAGAGGAAGGAGCCACUUCUGGUGAACCCCAGCUUACAACAAGAGAAUGCCUCGCUGUUAUCAUUUUUAUCAUUUUUUGUUAAAAUCAGGGGAGUGUAACUCAAAGAAGUUCAAAAAGCUGUUUCUUCUGAAAGACCAGGCUCCCCAUCCACACCACACCAAGUUGGAAAGCCCACCUUGAAAAACCACUUCCUGCACUGUCAUAAUCAAAAACUAAAUACUGACAUCCAGCCAAGGUGGUAAUUAGAGAUGGUACAAAUCAUUCUUUGGUGCCAUUUUGUGUAGUUCUGAUUUUAAUACAAUCAGUAUCCUGCAGAAAAUAGCUACGGGUCCCCAAAGUGAUUGUUUGCUCCAGAACACUCACAUUUAAACUGUUAUCAUCAGAGAAUCCCUGUUCUGAAAACUCAAGAGCAGAAACUGGUUAAAAAAAAAAAAAAAUCAAUGCUGGAAUUUCUCCCAGUAUGUAUGCAUGACAAGCUGGGACACCCAAGAACAGUGCAGACCUGUCAGAUCAUGUUUACAUCACAGUCACAGUGAGGCACUGCCACGCUUCAUCACAAUGCCUGGUUGGACCCUCAGCCCCACAGGGCACCUGUGGAACCACUGCAGGUUUGUGAAGGUCAACUGCAGUCACGCUUUCAUCCCAUCCAGACCAGCUAAAAUGCCAAACACUGAUGCAGACAAGAAGAUACUCCACAAGCUGGGCUUCACGCUGGGUGAGAUCUUAGGAGAGGGUAGGUUCUCCACAGUGAGGGCAGCCACCUCCACCAAAUACACGGUCCGCCUAGCUAUCAAGAUGGUGGACAAGCGAAGGGCCUCCCCAGAAUUUGUGCAGAAGUUUCUGCUCUGGGAGCUCUCCAUCCUGCGUGAGCUCGAUCAUCCCAACAUCGUGCUCAUCUUUGAGAUCUUUGAGCUGACCAACAGUAUGGUCUACAUUGUGAUGGAGUCGGCAGCCACUGACCUGCAGCAGCGGCUGCAGCAGCUGGGCAAGCUGCCCUGCGUCCCCGAUGCCCGGGACAUCUUUGUGCAGGUUGUGGGAGCUGUGCACUACCUCCAUGACCGCAACAUUGUGCAUCGUGACCUCAAGUGUGAGAACAUACUGCUCAGUGCUGAUGGCCUCCAGGCCAAGAUUGCUGACUUUAGCUUCAGCAAGGAAAUGAGCAGCUACCCAGAACUGAGCACCACCUUCUGCGGAACAGAAGCCUACAUGGCCCCAGAGAUGUGGCUGCAUUACCCUCAUGAUGCCAAGAAGUUGGACGUCUGGAGCCUGGGGGUGGUUCUUUUUGCCAUGGUGACUGGCUACUUGCCCUUCCAUGGCUGCCUCUGCAACAUGAUCCAGCAUCAGAAGGAUGGGGUCCUGCACCUGAGGGGGGUGUCUGUGCUGCCAGAGCCCUGCCAGGCCCUCAUUGUCCAGCUGCUGCAGUUCUUACCAUCCUCCCGGCCCAGCAUGGAGCAGGUGGCCAGCAACAGCUGGCUGAAGGGGGAUAUCUAAGGGGAAUCCUCCCCAGAGAGUGUGUCAGGACAGCCACCUUUUGGUGCAAUAAAUGCUGUUGAAGAAAACCGCUUGAGCAGUUUGAGUAGCAGGGUGUGGGUGGGAUUAAACUUCAAGUCUUGGCAAGACUUGGUCAAGAACUUGAUCAAACCCCUUCACAAAGAAGAUGCAUAAACCUGCCAUUGGUUAGGCUUCAGGCUCUGGUAACUGUGUUGAGUGAGGGGUUAGAGCACACUACAGAGCUGCUUGCACUAGAAGUGGCUGUCUGAGCAAAUAGGGGGGCCAGGUCCAAGCUCUCCCAUUGAUCCAGCUUUGCUAGCCACCAACCUGUAUUGAGCUUUAGAUCACACAGGAAUACUCACAAACAAACAAACAAACAAACAAAAACCCUCACAGCAGAAUGUUUACAAGCAAUCCAACAGCAUUAACGACCCAGAAGUUUUGGGGUGGCUUUCAGAUCCAUGCCUUAACUUCAACCACAUCUUGCAGACAUGGAAUAAUGACAGCAUUUGAAAUCUCUGCCAAGAGAUAGCGGAUGAGAAAGAAACAUACUGGCCACAGAAGCAAUCAGCCUAGCAAUCACGGUCACCCCCAUGACUCUGUCUUUUCAGCUGCUCCUGUUGUGAAGAACAGAAGUCAGCAGUAGCCAAAAUGUAAUUGCCAGAUGUAUGCAUUGCUUGCUGUCCCAUGUUUUCAUGGGUCUAUGCUUACCCUUGCAAAUUCUAACUCACUGCAAAGUCUGUGUGUCUGCAAGAGUAAAAAUAGCUUGGUAGCCCAACGUUCCUUCUCCAGGCAGAACCAGCUUUGGGAGCAGACCGUGGCACUUGGGACUUGCUUGGGAUUUUGCCUGGAGGACAGUUGGAAAUCUCCAGGGGUGGAGCUAGCACAGCUGAUGGGGGCAACCAUGUCAUGGGGUGUGAGUGCCCUCUUAUCUGUG